AUGGAUAAACACAACGAGAAGUUACCAGUAUGGAUGCUCACACCUGGUGAGGAAAAGGAAGCUAGAAAGCGUUGGAAAGACUACGCAUACCAUCAAUGUGAUGACGCUGUCAAGAAAUUUGCAGAGUGUUCCAAAGCAGCCGGUUUGAAAGUCUUGUUCCAAUGUACGGACGCCAGAGAUGCCAUGAAUGCUUGUAUUUUGAAGUACCAGGGACCAGGUGAGCUGGAUAGACAGAGGAGAAUAUUGAUUGCCGAGAAGCAAAGUAAGCUAGCUGAGCAGAAAUAA